AUGGCGGAGCCUCUAAGCCCCUGCACCCCACGGGGCCAGUGUCAGGCCAACAUGGGCGCCAACACCUCAUCGGCCAACGUGGAUGCCAACUCCUCUGUGCUGGUGGGCAGCAGCGCAUGGAGGGGCCGGGAGCCUUUCUCCAUCUUCACUGUCCUCAUCCUGACCCUCCUGGUCCUCCUGACCGUGGCCACUUUCCUUUGGAACCUGCUGGUGCUGGCGACCAUACUGCGAGUGAAGGCUUUCCACCGAGUGCCCCACAACCUGGUGGCCUCCACGGCAGUGUCAGAUGUGCUGGUGGCGGCCUUGGUGAUGCCACUGAGCUUGGUGAAGGAGCUGUCGGCUGAGCGGCGGUGGCGGCUGGGCCGGGAGCUGUGCCUCGUCUGGGUCAGCUUCGACGUCCUGUGCUGUACCGCCAGCAUCUGGAACGUGACGGCCAUCGCCCUAGACCGCUACUGGUCCAUCACCCGCCACUUGGAGUACACCAUGCUCACCCGCCGCCGCAUCUCCAACGUCAUGAUCGCUCUCACCUGGGCGCUCUCCGCCGCCAUCUCCCUCGCCCCUCUUUUUGGAUGGGGGGAGACCUACAGCCCUGAGCAGGAGCGCUGCCAAGUCAGCCAAGAGCCGUCCUACACCAUUGUCUCUACUGGUGGGGCUUUCUACCUGCCCCUCUGUGUCGUGCUCUUCGUCUACUGGAAGAUCUACAAGGCGGCCAAGUUCCGCGUCGGGGGACGCAGGAAGAAUGCAGUGGUGCCUCUUCCUCAGGCUGCCCAGGUGAAGGAAGCUUCGCAUGAGUCACAGAUGGUGUUUACAGCUCGUCAUGCAGCUAUCACUUUCCAGACAGAUGGAGAAACAUGGAGAGAACAGAAAGAGAAAAAGGCAGCUCUGAUGGUUGGCAUCUUAAUUGGAGUUUUUGUACUGUGCUGGAUCCCUUUCUUCAUCACAGAAUUAAUAAGCCCCCUCUGUUCCUGCAACAUCCCACCCGUCUGGAAAAGCAUCUUUCUCUGGCUUGGCUACUCCAAUUCUUUCUUUAAUCCUCUCAUUUAUACAGCAUUUAACAAAAAUUACAACAAUGCCUUCAAGAACCUUUUUGUAAAGCAGAGAUAA